GUAAAGCCACGCUCCAUCAUUACGCGAGUAGGUCUAAUUUCUCUUCUGCUUUUAUCUAAUUCCAACUGAGACAAAAGAGAGAGAAACCAGGGGAAAAUAAUUAGAGAAGAGAGAGAUAGAGAGAGAAGGCAAAAGAGGAAAGGAAGAGAGAGAAAAGGAGAGUUAAAGAGAGAGAAGAAAAGAAGGAAGAGCUAGGAGAGAGAGAGAGAGAGAGAGAGAGAGAGAGAGAGAGAGGUAUCGUCUCACAUGGCCUCCAUGCCCUUGGGGCCGCACCAUCAACCUCCACAGCCACAACCGGACAACAAUGAAGCUCUGAAGCUCGUUACUCGACGCGCCUCCGAAAUGGACACCGAUAAGGAUAUGUCAGCGUCAUCUACUGUUAUUGAGGGCAAUGAUCAGGUAACUGGUCAUAUCAUUUCAACAACCAUUGGCGGCAAGAAUGGUGAACCCAAACGGACAAUUAGUUACAUGGCUGAACGUGUUGUUGGUACGGGAUCAUUUGGAAUUGUUUUCCAGGCAAAAUGUCUGGAAACUGGAGAAACAGUGGCCAUAAAGAAAGUUUUGCAGGACAGACGAUACAAAAAUCGUGAACUGCAGUUAAUGCGUUUGAUGGAUCAUCCAAAUGUGGUUUCACUGAAGCAUUGUUUCUUCUCCACAACAAGUAAAGAUGAGCUUUUUCUGAAUUUAGUCAUGGAAUACGUACCAGAAACCAUGUAUAGGGUUCUGAAGCACUAUAGCAGUAUGAACCAGAGGAUGCCACUCAUAUAUGUGAAACUUUAUACAUAUCAAAUUUUCAGAGGCCUGGCUUACAUCCAUACUGUUCCUGGAGUUUGCCAUAGGGAUGUGAAACCACAGAACCUUUUGGUUGAUCCUCUUACUCACCAAGUUAAGCUUUGUGAUUUUGGAAGUGCAAAAGUUUUGGUGAGGGGUGAAGCAAAUAUAUCAUACAUAUGCUCUCGUUACUAUCGAGCUCCAGAACUGAUCUUCGGUGCAACGGAAUACACAACAUCUAUUGAUAUUUGGUCAGCUGGGUGUGUCCUUGCUGAGCUCCUUCUAGGCCAGCCUCUGUUUCCAGGAGAGAAUAAAGUGGACCAACUUGUAGAGAUAAUCAAGGUUCUUGGCACUCCAACUCGAGAAGAAAUUCGAUGCAUGAAUCCUAGCUACACAGAUUUUAGGUUCCCUCAGAUUAAAGCUCAUCCUUGGCACAAGGUCUUCCACAAACGGAUGCCUCCUGAAGCAAUUGACCUUGCAUCGCGACUUUUGCAAUAUUCUCCGAGUCUUCGCUGUACUGCUUUAGAAGCAUGUUCUCAUCCGUUCUUUGAUGAACUUCGUGAACCCAAUGCUCGUCUGCCAAAUGGUCGCCCAUUGCCACCUCUAUUCAACUUCAAGCAUGAAUUGUCAGCAGCUUCGCCUGAACUCAUUAACAGGCUUAUACCCGAACAUAUACGGCGGCAGGCUAGUCAGAACUUCCCACACUUGGUAGGUACUUAAAAAAAAUGUGAUGAUACAAAACAUGGAAAUCAUCACUGUCCUUUUCUGGUGGUAGAUAUAUAUAUAUAUAUGUGUAUGGGAAGCCAAAAGGGCCUCUGUGUGGUCUGUAUAUCCGAACCAAGAGCAUUUUGACCGAUCAGCAGCUGUUUCUCCUCUUCCUCUAAAGAUGUACACAAAUACUUGCUGUUGUUCGGCUUAACUUUGGGAAACUGUCGACAAAAUGUCAUUUAGUAUUAAACAUAGUAUUUUCCUUCAUCUGUAAAUUGUUUUGAUCUUAAGAAUUCCUGAAGAACCCUACCCCCCAAAAAAUGGCAGAGUAUAAGAAGGUGAUUCUGUUCAUUGUCUAUCUAUCUAGGUAAGCAAAUACUGUUUCGUCAUUGUUUUUUUUUUAAAUUUAUUUCCUUCAAGCUUUUAAUUUCUUUGCUGUUUGUUGCAAUUCCUUUCAAGAACUAUAAAUUGGUAUUGUUUUAAA